AUGGCUCGAGCCAUCGUCCUCUCAGCGUUGCUUGAGGAUACACUGGUCGUGGAUUCUACCGAGCUCCCUGCAAAGUGCAGGUUCGACUCCGAGGUUGUUGAUGGAGAGUAUGUUCCAGCUACGCCAGCAAGUGCAGCACGGAUCUUGUGCCGUGCUCCUCUUCUUGAUGUGGGAGUUGCCACAGUGACUGUCUCCCUGGAUGGCGAGCAGUUCUCAGCAGACAGCUCCACCUUCACCACCUUGUAUGCAGCCAAGCCAGCCAAGGCAGCCAGCCGGCGCCUGUUUGGCUUUGACGGAAGCUCUGGCAGUGUUGAGGAGGAGCUCCUUGGACUCCACAGAGAGUUGCUCGACUCGGACGCGGACAUGAUGACGACCACGAGUGCUGUAGAUACCAGCUUCUAUGGGGGUGGCUUUUAUGGAGCUCACGGCCGGAAGACCAUGGAGGACGACGAGCUUCUCUUCACAGAGGAGAGCAGCUUGUUGCAGCAGGGGCUCGGCUCAAAGCCGGCAAAAGACUUCGAUGUGUGCGCUUUUGCCAUCUCGCCCGAGUACGGUCCUUCCGCUGGCCACACGCAGGUCACCAUCGGCCUGGCUGGUUCAAUCCCUGAGGACCAUACGACCUUCUUCUGCAAGUUCGGCGAUCUCGCUUUCAAGGCCUCCACUGUUACACCACCUGAGAGCGGGGAAGGACCGACAAUGAUCACCUGCACCGUGCCACCCCAGAUGGGCAGCGAACGUGUUGUUGUCAGGAUCAGUCCCGAUGGCGUCAACUUCUCAGUGGCUGGGCCCACUUUCACGUAUACCGCAAACGCCGAGCUCUACGGAGCCACCACUGACGCCAAGUUCACGUACCUUCCCUUCUCCGUGGACAACUGCGUCUUCUACGAAGGCAGCGUGGAAUCAGCCAACCCGAGCGCCGAGCAGGACGAGAUCGCCGCCGAUGCCGCGUCCAUCGGCGAGGGCCUCUCCGGUGACGUCACCCGCGGUUUCUCGAAGCUCAAGCUGAGCUCCGCCCAGCACCAGCAACAGCACCGCCGCCGGCGCUCCCUCGUCUCGGAGGCCGUCUCUGAAGCCGCCGAAAUCGCGCGGGAGGAGAACGAGAUCGGCGAGGGCAUCUCCGGCGCGCUCGAGGGCCUGGUCGCGGACGACAUUGCGUCCGAGGAGGCGGCGAUCGGCGAGGGACUGUCCGGAGAGGGCAGCGAACUGGACGAGAUCCGAGCGGAGGCGCAGGAGAUCGGAGAGGGCCUUUCGGGCGCCACUGAGGAGAGCGCUGAGCUGACGGAAGAGGAGGAGAUUGCGGCUGAGGAGGCGGCCAUUGGGGAGGGCCUGUCGGGCCACGCGGAGUCUGUUGACGCGGCGGAGCAGAGCGAACGGGCGGAGAUCGAGGAGGAGAUGCGGCUCGUUCUGGAGGGCGUGUCGGGCCACGCGGCCGCGAUCAAGGCCGCGGACGACAUGGCGGCCGCGCCCGCGAGCCAGAGCUUCCAGGACCUCGUCUGGGCCAUCCGGUCCGCUGACGUGGGCAAAGCGCUGCGGUACACGCGGGGCCUGGGGAUGAAGGGCGCCGACAAGCUCUGCACCGUCGAUGGCUCCAUCGAGACCAUGCGCGCCGCCCUUUCUCACAAGGUCGCCGAGCUCAGCUCCCAGCCGGCUGUUUCGACUGUCCAUCUCCACUCCGCUAUUUGCUCCCUGGUCGACGUCACGGCCGUCCCGGCUGCCACGUGGACUUCCAGCGAAGACAUCCUUGCGUUCAUUGAGGCGUCCUUCAAGGCGUCUCUCAAGGCCGACACGGCAGCUGUUGCGGACAUCAGCACCGCCGACUGCGCCGUCAGCAUCCUGAACAACGUGCUGAUCGCGGAGGAGGCGCGCGCCAAGUGCCUGCACGCGGAGCGCGACGAGGGCGUGCUCGCGCAGCUGCUGGUGCUGCCCGCGCUCGUCGGGCGCGCCACGCUGCGCACCCAGCGCUCCGGCAUGGCCGGCCUCGCCGCACAGCGGUCCGUGCUCACGCUCGUCGCCGCUAAAGUCGGCGGCAACUCCGCCGAGCGCGAGCCGAGCUUCUCCGCGCGCACGGGCGCGCACAGCUGCGCGGUGGUGGUCCGGGACGGGCCCCUGCCCGCGGGCGCCGAGUUCGACGCCGUCAUGUACACCUUCACGGGCGUCACUCCGCUCUUCCAGGCGACCCGCUCGGGCAAGGGCAGCCUCUCCGCGCUGGCGGUCGAGUACCAGGGCGCGCCCCUGCAGGCCGACGUCGACGUCACGGCAGCGGCCGCGGGCGUUCCCGCGGAGCUUGAGCCCCAUGCUGGUCUCCGCUUGUGGGCUGACGAGACCCUGAUCACGCCGCGCACAUGGCUCGGCUCCGCCCUGGCAUCGGUUGGGCUGUCGCUCGCUUCCAUCGGUAUGGUGGCUAAGUACGCUCUGCUUCCCGCGUGCCUCGUCUGGCUGGUCGUCUCCCUGCGGAACAGGGCACGGCCAUCCACCGGACUGCACAGCCCUCUGGUCAAGUCCGAGGUUUGA